CCAAAUAGACCCAGACCCAUAUCUGGUGUUCACUUUGUGAACCUUUCUUCAUCAUCAUGGAUUAUCGGGGAAUCCUUCUCUGUUCUCGAGGCUUAUCAGAUCGAUUUGGAUUCAGAACACUAG